UUUCGUUUCAAUAUGGCUAAUAAAAUUAAGAAGAUUAUUAAGUCUCUUGCUAAAGUAAGAGAGGAUGCAGUUUUUCCUCUUCUUACUAGAAACAAAAGCCCCCGGUUUGGCCAAUCCAGGAGUUGGAAAGACAACUUUAGCAAGACUGCUAUACAAAGAAAUAGAAAAGAGAAAAAUGUUUGACGUGGUAGCAUGGGUGUGUGUUUCUGAUGAUUUUGAUGAACAAAAAAUUUUAAAUGGGCUUUUGGAACAUAUUGAUCCUAGUGCUGGUGGAAUAAAUAAUAUGAAUGUUUUGCUCAAACAACUAGAAGAAAAAAUAGAAAAGAAAACUUUUCUUCUUGUUCUUGAUGAUGUGUGGGAGGAUAAUUCCAAUACUUGGGCUACUUUUAGUGAUCUUUUGUCAAAAUUUGUGAAAACUAGUGGGAACUCCAUUGUUGUAACCACUCGUAAAGAAGGGGUGGCAUCAUCCAUAGCCAAGUAUCUUCCUUUGCAUAGACAUCAUCUAAAAAGGCUAUCAGAUGAUGAUUGUUGGUUGAUAAUAAAAGAAAAGGUUUUUGGAUCUACAGAGGCAUCCAUACCUGAUCAGCAGUUAGAGGCUAUUGUUCAGCAUUGGUUGGCCCAAGGAUAUCUUCAUUCAUCUAGUCAGGAAAUGAUGGAAGAUAUUGGGAACAAGUAUGUUAGUGAUCUAAUAUCUAACUGCUUGUUCCAAGAUGUAGAGAGGGAUAAAUAUGGGAACAUCAUAUCCUUCAAGAUGCACGAUGUGGUGCAUGAUCUUGCCCUGUUAGUUUCAGAAGGUGAAACAUUGAUUUGGAAGAAUGAUUCCAUCCAUGAAAAUUCUUGCAUUCGACAUCUGAAGGUUCCAUCUAGUGCAGUAGUGGAUACAACUAUUUUGAGAGGUGUAGCUCCAAAGUUGCAUUCAUUGUUCUCAGAGGUUGAUUUCUGCAGCAUGUCAAAGAUGGAUCUUAAAAGCAUACGGUCUUUAAGUUUAAAGAAAGCAGAUGGUGAUAAACUACCAGUUUCUCCAAGCAAAUUGAAGCAUUUGAGAUACCUUGAGAUCUCAAAAGCUAAAAUCAGGUUUGAAGCAUUUUUACUUUGACCAAGAGAAGCUCAUGCCAAGAAAUAUUGGGCAUUUGA